UCAGUCGUCGUCGUCAUCGUCGUUUUGGAGGGCGGCGAAGGGGUUGUUGGCGGAGACGCCGCUGCUGCCCUUGGAGCCCUUCUUGCCAGGGGCACCCUCCUUCCUGUCGGCCUGCUGGCGAGACGCUGCACACAAACACACGCACAGAGGAAGAGAUAGAUGGGGUCAUCCAUCCAUCCAGCCAUCCCUCUCUCUCUCUCUCUCUCUGGUCAGCGUACCGGUUGUGACGUGUUCGUUGCCCUUCCCAUCGAUGGAGAUGGACCCGACCGUCGGCAGGGUGUUCUGACUCGACAGCUCGUCGUGACGACGCACAAUGCCCUCCUUACCACCGCCACUACCACCACCCUCCCCUCCAGCACCACCGGCAGCCGGGCUGUUCUCCUCCCUGCCACCGUGGCCGUCCACCUGCGGCUCUGGCGAGUCGGCCGUCACGGGGGACGAUGUGGGCGAGGGGCUGCCCUGCUUGGGGCGAUAACCGAGGUCACCUGAGCGAGUGUGAUGCACACCAGACAGCAAGCAAUGCGGUUCUGGUGUUUUGGUUGUCAUCUGGUUUGUGUAUUUCUGACCUCGGCCGCGCCCCCCUCUCCCUCCUCUGCCAAUGGGCGUCCUCUGCGACGACUGGUGGGACGUAUUGAAGGCCCCGCUGGCCUGCCCUCGGCCUCUCGUGGUGCUGCUGGUGGUGGUGGUGGUGUUAUAAUGAAUUGGGGCUGCUGGGGGAGCGGGCGAAGGGGAAGUGGCCGACUCGCCUGCAUAGAGACGCGAGAGAAAUGUUCAUUGAUUCAUUGCGCGUGGGGGGUCGGGGGCUACCUUUGACGACAGCAGCGUAUGAUGGUCUCGGGCCACCACUGCUGAGUUGAGGGGGUGUCACGGGCGAUGCUGCACAUGGACCCACACACAGAGAGAGGUGCUGUGGCCUGGCGGGUGAUUAAUGCGUCCACGUGUCUAUGUCGCACACCCACCUUCAGCCUGAGGAGUCUCUGCUAUCUUGCCGUGGUCCGUCGGCGACAGGUGAAGGCCUGACCGCCCAGCCGUGUCCGAACCUGACACACACGAUGACACACAAGGCGGACACCGGACACACACGCGUGUUGUCACUUCUGUGGGCCGUGAUGGACCUCUCUCUCACACAGACUGACCGUCGACAGGCGGGGGCGGGUGUGAGCGGGGCACCACCCCCUGUGGCGUUAUGAGUGAGCCGGGCGGCAGGGUCUUGCCAUGAUGCUGCUGGUGCUGGUGCUCUCGGUCCUUCCACCUGUUCCACCUGUUGCCCCCGCCCCCUGAGGGCUUGCUGACUGCUGUGGCCGACGCGGCCGGCGGGGUGGGCUGGCCAGGAGGGUGGUCGUGGUGGUCGUCGUCACCCUCCUUGUGGGUGUGGGUGUGGGUGUGGGUGUGCUUGGGUUUGCCUUGUGACCUGAGCAGUAGACAGCAGACACCAGACACACACAGCAGCACAGUGAGAGUGUGUGUCGGGGGUGGGGGAUGGGGGGUGGAGAGGGAGGCGUACGUUUGCCCAUGUGUGUGUGCCGCCGACGCAGAUGCAGAUGCAGAUGCAGACCCAGACGCCGACGCGGGCGUGAGCGGGUCGUCCUUGGCCCUCUCCUCCUGAAGCCAAUGAGUGAAUGGAUGGAUGGUGGGGUGGUGGGGGGUGGAGGGAGGGAGAUUGCUUGAGUGACCGACCGACCUACCUGUUUCCGCUGCAGUAUCUCCUUCUCAUCUCGAGGCUUCCCGGUGCCGAAUAUCGACGCUGUGCGGCCCCUAAUACACACACAGACACACAGAGAGACAGUUAGAGAGAGACUCAGAUGAGCGAGGAUACACACCACCAGGAAUGACAAGUCGAGCAAGUGGAGCGAGCACUAAAGAAGAAGUGACUCACUGUCUAGGGAGCGAUGCGGGUGUGUCGAUCUGCCCCUUGGGCUUGUCGAGGUGGAGGUGCUGCACCGGGUGGAAGGGCUUGUCUUCUCCGUGUGCCGACGACUUGGGGCUGACGCUGCUCGCUGGGGUCAUGUCGCCUGCAACCCAUCCAGGUGUGGAGCCAUGUGUGGAUGGAUGGAUGGAUGGCUUUAUCUGUCUUGUCUGGUGCUGCUUUGGUCUUCAUCUCACCUCUGUCUCUGUCUCGAUUUCUGUCGCCGAAUCGGUAAGACGGCCGCCGGUCCCUGCCCCUGUAGCCACUGUUUCGGGCUCUGUCCGAGCGCCCGAGGUUGGAGAACCUGUCGUGGCCCCCAUCGCCACCGCGAGUGGGGUGCGGGCGACGACCGCCCAUGCUGUCGGCGUCAUAGCCGCGGUCACGAUACCCGCCAACUCCACCCCCACCACCUGCACACACACCAGAUCAUGUGACGCCUGGCCGUGUGAGUGUGUGUCGUCGUGUGAGUGUGUGAAUGAAUGCGUGUGUGUGUGUGUCACUCCCUCGACUCACGUUUGUCGUCAUACUCGUCGUAUCCGUCCCUGCCCGGCGGACGAGAGGGCCGGUCACGCUGACACCCACCUCCGCCGCCAUCGCCACGCUCUCGCUCGCUAUAGAGCUCGUCCUUCUCCUCCUCCUCUGCACCAAGCAAGCCACACGCACACACGAGGGAGUGACCAGGCUGUGUCCAUCGAUUCACUCGCCCACAGACAGACAUACCGUCACGCCUUUGCGGGGUUCCCCUCUCGCCGCGGUGCUGGUGGUGGUGCGGCAGGACGUCCUCGUUGCCGCUCACGUCCGCCCACGCCUUGCGGCCCUCUCCGUCGCCAGCCGAGACGACCCGUCGGUAGGGGGAUGUGCCAGCCGCGCCGCAUCGCUGCUUUAAAUCUGCAAUGAGGUCCUCCGGCACCACACAGCACUCGGCGUCCUCACCUGCACACACACACAUGCGCAACGAGGGAGGGGUGCUUGUGGUGGUGGUGGCGGUGGAGUUGGUGCCCCUUGGUGUUUGCUACGCACUCACUUGCGCAUGUGGGGAUGAAGUCCUGUGCGAUGAUGUCCUUGAGCUUGGGCAGGUCCAGCAUCAGGUCGUCCAGGUACUCGGCGAACUCACGCACACUGCGACCACCAACACACACACCCAACAGACAGACAGAAGCAGAGAUGAAGGUCGGGAGGGCCACAGGUCAAUCCACGCCCCCAUAGAAGUCUAUAAAUGCAUGUGGUAUGUAUCAUGGUCAGUCACUGCCCUUCCACAACCAGGAGGACGGUGACUCCAGAAUCCUUCCUUCCCGAAGACAACAGCUCUCUCAUCAUCCCAACCCUCCCUCCAUCCCUGUCUCCCUCCCUCCAUCCCUUCUGCCCUGCCUGUCUGCCUGCCAAGAGAGUUCACUGACCCGUCUUGAAUGGCGUCUGGUGUGAGUGGUGCCGGACUGCCGUCGGUCGAUGGCUUGGCCAGGAGGAUCAGCAGCGGGUAACACACGGCCCGCUGCGACUCGUUUUGCUCAGCUAUCCAAGACAUCAAAUCGGACACCACACGCUGAUUGAUCGAUCCACAACACACACAUGACGGGAGCGAGGGAGAAUGAGAGGGAGAGAGAGGGAGAGAGAGAGAGCCACAUCACAAAACAUGUAUUAUGGAUUCUGCUGUGUGUGUGGGUGUGGGUGUGGGUGUGGUAUGGGCGUAGGUACCGAUGUAUGUCUGCCGGUAUGGCCAUAUCAGCAAAGUUCUUCGUCACGUCCUCGAGGUCACUUGAAAAGGUCUGACGCACAGACAGACAGACAGACAGAGGGAGAGAGAGAGAGAAAGAGAGAAAGAGAGAGAGAAAGAGAAAGAGAGAGAGAGAGAGAUAGGCCGACACGGAUGAGGGAGGGAAUUGCUUGGUGUAUCUAGCUAUCCAUCUUAACUCUCUGCAGCACUCACUGCUACCGUGCCUGUCUGUCUGUCUGUCUGUGCGUGCGUGCGUGCGUGUGUGUGUCUGUCUGUCGGGGCCCGUCCGUACAUAUUCCUUGAUGUAAUCCUUGGCCUUUGACCGCAUCCGGUGAAUCAACUCCUCCUGGCAUGACGACCGACCAAACCACGCGCAAAUCAACCAACCAACAAAGCUUUGAAGGAAUGAAGAAUCCACCUCGCCACCUGCCUCGCCUUUUUCCCUUACCCGGCCCUCGUCAGCAAAGGCCGCUGACGCAGGCUGGGGGCUCGUCCCCUGAUUUGCACCACCCCCUGCUGCUGGUGCUGCUGCAGCAGCUGCUGGUGACGUGGACCUCUCGUCAGCGGCCGUUGGCUGCGUGGGCGGGGCUGUGGGGGUGGUGGCAUUGCCCGUGGCCCUCUCCUCCUUCUCGCGCUCGCGACGCUGCCGCCUCUCCCGCCGCUCCUCGUGGCGAUCGCCCCGCAGGUCGCUGCCCUUGAGCACACGGCGGGACGUUAUCACACUGCACGGACAGACACGGACACAAAGGCAUCCAGUGGUUGCAGGUAGCGGGACACAAGUGCCGAGGCGCAUGGACGCGGUGCGCGGGCCAUACCUGGUUGGCUUCCCGGGGGUGCGGGAUGGGACGCGAGAGGCCUCCUGGAGACGGGAUGACUGACGAACACAACAGAGGGACAUAGAGGGACAGACCACCGUGACACUCAUCGGCAAGAAGAUGCGGUGUGUUGUGUUGUGUUGUGUUGUGUUGUGUCGUCUCGCCCACACUGGCAGAGGCAGCAGCAGCAACGGCGGGGGGCUUGGGGCCCGCGCUGGGGAUCGGGAGCAGACCCUCGGAUGGGGAAGCCAACCCACGCAACUCCUGCUUACACAGACACACGUACACACACAGAUCAUUGUGUGUCUUGGGGGCAUGGGCAAUCGCACCAGGUUAGUUCUGCUGAGUACGAUGUCCUCUCCCUUCUCCUCGACAUGUUGUCUGUGGAUGUCCCUCAGCUUGGAGGGUCCCCCCACCAUGCCCGGCUUCACCAUGCGGCGCCAACCAUUGGCUCGCAGAUCCAACACAUCCUACGACCAACCACCAUAACCAACCAGCCACCAUAGCCAAACAUGCACACCGACAUACAAUCUCCUGUCUAUGGCGCCUCUGUCUGUCUGUCUGCCUCAGUGCGUACGCACACGAACCUUCAUGAGGCACCUGACGCGGAUGCCAAGGUUUUCGUCGCGCGACUUCUCCUCUAGCUUGUGGAACCACUGCUGCAGCUCCGCUCGCCUAUUCCACUGCAGCGGUGAUGGAUUGAUCCACGGAUGGAGUCCACACACACACACACACACACACAUGCAUGAAGGAGCAGAUGGGCAGUAGAUAUCUUGUGUAGGGGUGGCGGGUUGGGUGCUCACGUCUUUCGCCACGUCGUACACGGGCCCGAUGGUCGUGAGGAAGGUGCACACGCACUCCUGCACACAUACACACACCGAGGUAUGGAUGGAUGGAUGGAUGGUGCUCUGUGUGUGCAGGGGCGUGUGCGUUGAUAUCUUACGAAUUGUGCCUCUCCCUCUUUGCCUUGUUUCUCGCCGUAGUGCCAGAGCUGCUUGAGGCACUCAAACAGCAAGUUGGCGCUCAUGAUACGCUCGAUCAGCAGCUGACCUGCACCACACACACACAGAGAGAGAGAGAGACUCUGAGAGAGGCGGGUGAGCUGUGUGUGUGCGUUUCUGUCUGCGUCUGGUGUGGCACGCACCCACGAAUUUGAUAUUGCCGAGCAUCUGGUUCUUGUACUUCAAAUAAGCCUCCGUGUAGUCGUUACCUGCACCGACAAAAUAACACAUGGAGAGAGCCGAGGGCCGUUUAUGGUGAGUGAAUGGAUGGAGCUCGGGACAGGUGGGCGUGGGAGGGUACCUGUGAGGCCGUUGAGAUUGUCAGGCGGCUUCAGGUACUUCUCAAACGACUCCUGACACCGAUUCAACAGCAUCCUGGGACGGCACACGCGCACAUAAACACGCAUAACCGCGGAGAAGACACUUGCAAGAAUGAUGAGUGCACCUUCUGAACUCCUUGUCCUCUUCUGUGCCCUCCUGGUGUCCAUCGGCCUUGUCUCCCCUCUCCAUGAUGGCCUUCAGAUUGUCCUUCAGAAGCACACACAGCUCCACAUACAUCUGAUCAAUGACACAGACAGACAGACAGACAGACAGACAGAGUGCGUGUGUUUGUGGGUGUGUGGGUGUGUGGGUGUGUGUGUACCUGGAUGAAGUGGUGCUGCGUGGUGGCCUUGUCAAAGACCAUCCCCACGAGCGCCUCAAUCUGAUCGACACAGACACGACAUGCAUCGGCACACACACACGGAACCUCCCUGCCUUCUCCUGACUCCCUCGCCGACUCACCUCAGAGUUUUGAGUGAUUCCAGCGUCGAGUAUCUGUUGGUAGAGCCGGUCGAACUUUUCGAUCGUCAGCUUGUUGAGAAUCCCUUUCAACUUACGCAACACCGCCUCAGACUCGUUCCUGCACAGACAGACAGACAGACGGAACGACGUCGUGUUACAGUGUGCUGUGUUGCAUACUGUGUGUCAUGUAAGCUUACUGUUCAACCUUGGUCUUCUUCAUAGACGCGACCCAUGAGUUCUCACCCACCACCACCUUAUUGUCAUCGCGGUCGCGGUCGCGGCCUGAACAAAGGAGUGCAGGCAGGCGACAAGCGUGUGUUCUAUCUAGCGGCUCUUUCUCUCCCCCCACUCCGCCCCCUCUGUGGUGGGUGCUGACCUCCCCUCCAGCCGCUGUCAUCCUCACGACCACAGCGCCUGGCAGACGAGCAUGGCGUCUGUAAGUCAAGUGGCUGCGGCACGUAUGUUUACUUACCAUUUGUCGCGGCUCCACUUGUCCGCAUCAUCACGAUCACGGUCGCGCUGACCAGCCAAUCAAUCACACACACAGACGCUACAGCCUCCGCCAGUGUCAGGUUGCCCAUCCAAUGAGUGCAUCUGUGUGCUCACGUCGUCUCUCCGGCUGUCCCCGUCUGCCGCAGUGCUGUCCCGGACGUUUCUGAAGCCGACUCUCCUCUGGAAGGACCCGAAGCUGCCCGCAGCCGGGCGGCCCCCUGCUGAGCCGCCUGGCCGGAAGCUGCCCUUCCGGGAACCGCCCGCACGGUGGAACUCGCCGAUCUCGGUGGCCGCGGCCGAGUGGUCUGCACAUGGAUGGAUGGAUGGAUGGAUGGGAAGCACUGGCUGUGAUUGUGAUUGUAAUUGUGAUAGCGCUUGUGUUGUGUGUACCCUUGAGCAGGUACAGGGGGAUGUUGUGGUUGUCUGGGAGCCUCUGGCAGUGCUCCUGAGGCAGGCAGAUCAGGACACACAUACACAGAUGUGAUGUGCACACUGGUAUCCAGUCAGUGUCUGGGUGAGAUGUCGAUCUGUCUAGAUCUGUGUGCGUUUUUGUCUUGUCUAUAUCGGCCGGCACGGUGCGGAGACACUUACCUGGUCUUUGAAGGACUUGAGGAAGUCGACGGGGUAGAACCGGGGGAUGCCCCCGGACUGCUCAGCCUCCUUCUGCUCCUCAGCAGGCGCCUCCGGCACUUCAGCAGCAGGGGCCUCCCAUAGGCGGAGGGGGAGGGGAAGAGGGAGAGGCUCGGGCUGCAGCCUGCCUCUCCUCCCACCGUCGUUUGACGCGUGCUCUGAUGUCCUCGAGGCGUGCUCUGAUGUCCUCGAGGCUUUCAGGCGCCAGUGGGGCCAUCAUGGCGGCGGCGACCCAGGUAGCGGUGCCGCCGCCGAUGAUGGCCCACACGGUGCCGCCCCACACCGUCUCGAGCAGCAU